AUGACGUUAAUGCAAUCAGAAUUGCCCAUCUUGGUUGUCAUUGUUAAUUAUUUUGUAAAGAAAUGUGUAGAAUAUGAUUCAAAAACUUUAUAUCUCAAGUCCGUUUUUGGAUCGAAGACACUUGGCACUGGCACUGGCACUGACUGGAAAUUGCAGUUAUGCAGCGCAGCCCAAGGGAGAGCAGAAAAGCUGAGGGAAUUGUUAGAGAAUAAGAUGCUGUUAAAUUAUACAGACACAGAAAGGGAAUUGCAGAGUAUAUUUUUGGGCCAACAAAUAUUAGUGUAUGUGGGGCUACUUGUUUUGAAAGACAGUGCAGAUCCUUACUUUUGGGUUCUUGAUUCUCCUUAA